AUGCAGAACUCUAUUCUCCAGUUGGACAACCAUCUAAUACAGAACUCUGCUCGACAGUUGGACAACCAUCUAAUACAGAACUCUUCUCUCCAGUUGGACAACCAUCUAAUACAGAACUCCACUCUCCAGUUGGACAACCAUCUAAUACAGAACUCCACUCUCCAGUUGGACAACCAUCUAAUACAGAACUCCACUCUCCAGUUGGACAACCAUCUAAUACAGAACUUUACUCUACAGUUGGACAACCAUCUAAUGCAGAACUCUACUCUCCAGUUGUACAACCAUCGAAUACAGAACUCUACUCUACAGUUGUACAACCGUCUAAUACAGAACUCUACUCUCCAGUUGUACAACCCUCUAAUACAGAACUCUACUCUACAGUUGUACAAUCAUCUAAUACAGAACUCUACUCUACAGUUGGACAACCAUCUAAUGCAGAACUCUAUUCUCCAGUUGGACAACCAUCUAAUACAGAACUUUACUCUACAGUUGUACAACCAUCUAAUACAGAACUCUAUUCUACAGUUGGAUAACCAUCUAAUACAGAACUCUACUCUCCAGUUGCACAACCAUCUAAUACAGAACUCUACUCUACAGUUGGACAACCAUCCAAUACAGAACUCUACUCUACAGUUGUACAACCGUCUAAUACAGAACUCUACUCUCCAGUUGUACAACCAUCGAAUACAGAACUCUACUCUACAGUUGUACAACCGUCUAAUACAGAACUCUACUCUCCAGUUGUACAACCAUCGAAUACAGAACUCUACUCUACAGUUGUACAACCGUCUAAUACAGAACUCUACUCUCCAGUUGUACAACCAUCUAAUACAGAACUCUAUUCUACAGUUGUACAACCAUCUAAUACAGAACUCUAUUCUACAGUUGUACAACCAUCUAAUACAGAACUCUAUUCUACAGUUGUAUAACCAUCUAAUACAGAACUCUAUUCUACAGUUGUAUAAGCAUCUAAUACAGAACUCUACUCUCCAGUUGGACAACUAUCUAAUACAGAACGCUACUCUACAGUUGGACAACCAUCUAAUACAGAACUUUACUCUCCAGUUGGACAACCAUCUAAUACAGAACUCUACUCUACAGUUGUACAAUCAUCUAAUACAGAACUCUACUCUACAGUCGGACAACCAUCCAAUACAGAACUCUACUCCACAGUUGUACAACCAUCUUAUACAGAACUCUACUCUACAGUUGUACAAUCAUCUAAUACAGAACUCUACUCUUCAGUUGGACAACCAUCCAAUACAGAACUCUACUCCACAGUUGUACAACCAUCUUAUACAGAACUCUACUCUCCAGUUGUACAAUCAUCUAAUACAGAACUCUACUCUUCAGUUGGACAACCAUCCAAUACAGAACUCUACUCUACAGUUGUACAACCAUCUAAUACAGAACUCUACUCUCCAGUUGGACAACCAUCUAAUACAGAACUCUUUAUAUCCUGCCAGACACUCUUCUAAUACAAAAAGUAUGUCCAGCUGA